AUGAUGAAAAUUUCCUAAAUAAUACUUUAUUAAACUUAUCUUCUAAUGCUAUUACUAUUCUACUUGUUGAUUCUAAUGCUAUUACUCUUCUGCUUGUUGAUUUUAAUACUGACAUCACUUUUGCACCUGUUGAUUCUAAUGCUAGCAUCACUCUUUAG